UAUAAAAAUCCCAGAUUAUCAUAGCAAAUUAAACAGAGUUAAGUAGAAAAAACUAAAAGAACAUGUACCCUCCGGCCCUGCGCUGGUGACCAUAUAUGAGUACAAUCUCACUCUCCGACUACACAUAACAAAAAGAUCCUCCAUGAAUAUCCUCAAGCUUCACCACGCGAACCACUAUACUCCCAAACUUCCUCGACUUUCCGAAACUACUCUUCAUCCACGCACAUUAAAUAUCUGCCCGACUCGGUUUCUUUCUCCAUCACGUGAUUCUAAGACAGACAAUUCCUGCAGUUUCACUAAUUUCAGGUUCAGUUAUCCCAGGGCAUGGACUGCCCAGAGUCCAAAUUGGAGCAGCAAAGAAGAACUAAACUGCUCGGGGGAUGCUGAGGAGUAUGAUUACUUGGCGAAAGAUGGUGCCGUUUUCCAGAAGACUCUCAGGCUUGUAGAGACUGCCAUGUUCGCUGCUGUUUCUGGGUUAGCUUAUCUAUUGAGCAAUUCUCUUGCAAUUGAGAAUUACUUUGGAUGUUUUUUUGCACUACCCAUAGUAAUAUCUUCCAUGAGAUGGGGUGUUGCAGCAGGAAGAAAAACCAUGGUGGCAACUUUUGUGCUAUUGUUUGUGCUGUCUGGACCCGUGAAAGCAGUUAACUAUGUGCUAAUGCAUGGUUUACUUGGUUUUACUAUGGGUUCUUUAUGGAGGUUUCGCACUAGUUGGAUGCAAUCAAUCUUCUUUUGUGCAAUUGCUCGGGCAAUAGGUGCUCUAGGGUAUGUGCUAUUGACUUCAUUUUUAAUAAGGGAAAACAUACUCCAACUGAUUACCCUAAAUAUCCAUGCUUCCCUCUCAUACAUUCUCACAUCCAUAGGAAGCAAUUCAAUUCCAACAAUGGAUGUCAUAUACACUAUUUUUGGGACUGUGCUUAUUAUCAACUCCACUUUCUUUGUGUUAUUGCUACACAUUCUGUACGCGAUCUUCUUUACCAAGUUCGGAAUGAAGGCUUCAUUGAGACUCCCAAAAUGGGUGGACGUUGCAAUAUAAUAGGGCAUCAGAAGAGUAGAUAAGAGAUUCAUAUGCACAAACCUGAGAAUGAAGCCUUGUUUUUAUGGGGGUGUGAGGGUGUCUAAUUUGCUGUCUAAUGACAAAACUUCAAGUAAAUAAGGGUUAUGAAGCCACUGAAGCAAAAGUAUUUGAUGCAUGCUGCAUUGAUAUUAUUAAUUAACCCUGUCUGUAAGUGAUGGGGUGCCUUCAAAAUCGUGACAAGUACUAGGUAGCCACACUGAUGGGUUGGUGUAAGCAAAUCGGCUGGUGGGUUCACUGAUGGGCGAUGCCCAAAGUGAGCAAUGAGGUGGCUGACGCCAUUUGGGGCUGAGCAGGGGGGAGGGCUGGUCCCAGGGGUAACUUUUAUUUCUGUAUUAUGGGGGUGUUUGGAACUGAUUCUGCUUCUGCUUCUUUUUUAAAAGCAUAAGCAGAAUCAGAAUCAGUUUUCAGAAGCUGGUACCCCCCAGCUUCUAAAAAAACUGAUUCUGAGAGUAAAUUAGAGCUCCAGAAGUGCUUCUGGAAUUUCACCCAAACACUCCAGCUUCUGCUUCUGCUCCCUGAAGGAGCAGAAUCAGUUUUGAGAAUCAGAUCCAAACACCCCCUAUCAUUUCAUUAUAUAAUAUAAAGUAACGGUCGCUGCACCACAACUGGAGGGAAAAAUCCCGCCCAUUUCAAGGGGCAUAAUUGGAAAUCCUUAUGCAAAGUUCUAAAAUGCCGCCUAUGUUACUAAGUACUCUGUAUAAAUUGUGCAAAGUAUUGCUACCAUUUUUAGUCUUUUAGUCCCUG